UAAUAGUUUUGACAAGUGACAACUGACAGCUCAUUUCACAUUUGGCAUUUUUUGUCAGACUUCUUUCAGCCAUUUUCUUUUCCAGUUUACCUGUGGAGCGUGCGAGACGUCUGCCACAGGCUUCCCAAGAUGGGUGCGUACAGAUACAUUCAAGAGUUGUACCGCAAAAAGUUGAGCGAUGUUAUGCGGUUUUUGUUGCGUGUCAGGGUAUGGCAAUACCGUCAAUUGACUCGUAUGCACCGUGCUCCUAGGCCAACCAGGCCCGACAAAGCUAGAAGACUGGGAUACCGCGCUAAGCAAGGUUACGUUAUCUUCAGAAUCAGAGUACGUCGUGGUGGCCGCAAACGCCCAGUCGCCAAGGGUGCCACCUACGGCAAGCCCAAGAGCCACGGGGUUAACCAGCUGAAGCCUACACGCAACCUGCAGUCUAUUGCCGAGGAACGUGUUGGUCGCCGCUGUGGUGGUCUCCGUGUCCUCAACUCCUACUGGGUCGCUCAGGAUUCAUCAUACAAAUACUAUGAAGUCAUCCUAGUUGACCCAUCACACAAGGCUAUCCGCCGCGAUCCUAAGAUCAACUGGAUUGUAAACGCUGUCCACAAACAUCGCGAGAUGCGUGGACUCACAUCGGCAGGAAAGAGCUCUCGUGGUCUUGGAAAGGGUCACCGCUUCUCACAGACCAAGGGUGGUUCUCGCCGUGCUGCCUGGAUCAGAAGGAACACUCUGCAACUUCGCCGCAAGCGAUAAACAUUUUAUUAAGAUUACUAUUGACUUUCUAUUUAACAGUAUUUGCUAUCAGAUGGAAAGCCAGUGGACUACAAUAAACAUACUGCUAUAUGCAA